AUGUCCUUCGAUAUCUAUCAUGACCCAGUAGUCUACAGAUGUAGAGAGAAGAAGUAUGAUUAUUACAGCCUGCCGAAAACCUCUGUUGUGAUAGCUUUUUAUAACGAGGCUUGGUCAACACUCCUGCGAACCGUUCAUAGUGUUCUGGAGACAUCUCCAGACAUACUUUUGGAAGAAAUUAUCCUUGUAGAUGAUUACAGUGACAAAGAGCAUUUAAAGGAGACUCUGGAAAACUACGUGGCUGGCUUACGCAAGGUGCGUCUCAUCCGCGCAAAUAAGCGAGAGGGGCUGGUGCCAGCCCGGCUGCUGGGGGCAUCUGUGGCGAAAGGAGACGUCCUGACCUUCCUGGACUGCCACUGCGAGUGCCAUGAGGGCUGGCUGGAGAGCUGCUGUGUUAGGAUUGCGGAGGAAGAAUCGGCUGUCGUCUGCCCUGUCAUUGAUGUUAUUGACUGGAAUACGUUUGAGUACUUGGGAAAUGCUGGUGAGCCACAGAUCGGCGGGUUUGACUGGAGACUGGUGUUCACUUGGCAUAGUACCCCUGAAAGAGAACAAAAACGGAGGAAGUCCAAGACUGAUGUGAUAAGGUCUCCAACCAUGGCAGGUGGCCUGUUUUCUGUGAGCAAGAAGUAUUUUGAUUAUCUUGGUUCAUAUGACACAGGAAUGGAAGUCUGGGGAGGAGAAAACCUUGAAUUCUCAUUUAGGAUAUGGCAGUGUGGAGGAAGUCUCGAGAUCCACCCGUGCUCACAUGUAGGUCACGUUUUCCCCAAACAAGCUCCAUACUCACGGUCCAAAGCUUUGGCAAACAGUGUGCGUGCAGCUGAAGUGUGGAUGGAUGAAUAUAAAGAGCUUUAUUACCACCGAAACCCACAUGCUCGCCUGGAACCAUAUGGAGAUGUGACAGAAAGGAGACUCCUUCGAGAGAAGCUGAAAUGUAAGGACUUCAAAUGGUUCUUGGAGAAUGUGUACCCAGAGCUUCACGUGCCUGAGGACAGACCGGGCUUCUUUGGAAUGCUGAAGAAUAGAGGAAUGGCAAACUUCUGUUUUGACUAUAACCCUGCAAAUGAUCAUCAAAUAACUGGACAAAGGAUCAUACUGUACCCGUGUCAUGGCAUGGGACAAAAUCAGUUUUUUGAGUACACAUCCCGUAAUGAAAUACGUUACAACACCCGACAACCAGAAGUCUGCGCAGCAGUUGAUUCAGGGACUGACUACUUGACAAUGUACUUGUGUCAAGAAAAUAUCCAAAGUAUUCCUGAAAACCAGAAGUUUGUUUUCAGAGAGGACGGUACUUUGUUUCAUCUACAAACCCAGAAGUGUGUACAAGCAGAGUCAAACGCUUACAAUGGUAACCCAGCACCGUUAUUACGACCAUGUACCGACUCGGACUACCAAAAAUGGUUCUUCAAAGAAAGAAGUUGAUCCAGAUGUCAUCUAGGAUAUAGCUGAAUAUGAAAAUGUUCUCUUUCUAGUCAGCAGUUAGUCAGCCUUCUGAAAAUCACAUAAGUGAUAUAUUUUUGGACAGAAAGAACUGUAAUUCGUUUACAAGCCUUGGAUUUUUUUUUUCUGGAGCAUUAAAAGGCACUAAGCAUUGAGAGCUACGCAAAGUGCGUGCAGUGGUUAUAUCAUGCCACAGAAUCUGCUCCGGUUUUCUCUUUAUUUGGCAGCUACAUAACUGCUUCUGAAGUGUCUUAGGCUCUUUUCACAAGGGACAAUUUUUUUUUAAUCUACUGUGUGAAAGUA